UUGGGACUUUGACUAAUGUUCAGAAUGAUGUUGGCUGCCAUUCAGAGAAAGCUUUUCCAGAUGAUUACUGUCCUGGUAAUGCUUCCACAGCUCUCAUGUUCUGCACACAAGGCUGAGAAACUACAUUGUUUCUCAAAAACCAGUCCCAGCCUCUCUAGGGAUGGAGACUUGGUGAUUGGGAGCUUUCUCACCCUGUAUUCAGUAGAAGUGGGCAAUAUCAGAGGAGCAGGACUAUUUAGAAGUCAUCCUGACAAAGGCUGUAGGGAUUACAAGUGGAUGCACAGAAAUUACCAGCAGGUUCUGGCUCUAGUAUUUGCUGUGGAGGAGAUCAACAGGGACCCCGAUCUUUUACCUAAUACUUCUCUUGGAUUCCAUAUCUAUAAUGCCUACCACAGCGAUGAGAGAACUUUGGAGAGCUCCCUGCAAUGUCUGUCUGGGCAGGGCCAGCUCAUCCCUAACUAUAACUGCUUGGGUCAGGACCAGCCUGUGGCUCUCAUUGGAGGAGCCACAUCAGCUCUGUCUAUCCAGAUGGGAACCCUGGUUGAGCUCUACAAGGUUCCACAGAUCAGCUUUGGACCUUUUGAUUCUCUCCUGAGUGACAAAGCCCAGUUUCCUUCUCUCUACCAGCUGGCCCACAGGGACUCCUUUCUGUCCCGUGGUAUGGUCCAACUAAUGCUACAUUUUGAAUGGACGUGGGUAGGCCUGGCAACCACAGAUGAUAUGAGAGGUGAGGAAUUCUUCUGGAACUUAAGAGGGGACAUGGUCAAGAAUGGCAUCUGUCUGGCCUUCACAGAAAAGAUCCUUGUUAGUGAGAGACGACACAGUGAAUCUCAGGAUAUGUUCAUAAUACGUAUUUUAGAAUCCUCAGUCAAAGUCAUCAUCAUUCAUGGUGACACAGAUUCACUCAUGAUCCUUAGAUAUUCACAGCCUAUUCAUGUCUACCUUGGGAAAGUGUGGAUCACCACUUCUCAUUGGGACAUCACCAUGAGACCCCAAAGAAAUGAUGGCUACGCUUUCCAUGGAGCACUUUCAUUUUCACACAUGUCAAAUGAGAUACCUGGUUUCAAGAGCUUUCUUAGGACAGUGAAUCCUGUCCAAUAUCCAGAGGACAUUUUACUUAAGGAGUUCUGGUGCUCAGCUUUCAAGGAUCAAGAGAAACUUGAAAAUCAGGGGCAAAACACGUGCUCACCAAAUGCCUCCUUGGAGGCUCUGCCUCUGCACAUCUUUGACAUGACUAUGUCUGGUCUGAGUUAUACCAUCUACAAUGCGGUGCAUGCUGUGGCCAGGGCCCUCCAUGAAAUGCUUCUGGUGACAUCAAAGAGAGGAUCUGUAAGACAUGGAGAAAUCUGGGCUCUUCAGCCAUGGCAGCUCCAUUCCUUUCUGAGGAACAUCCAGUUUAACAACAGUGCUGGUGAGGAAGUGUUUCUGGAUGACACAAGAAGUUCUGAGGCUCAAUAUGACAUUAUGAACUAUUUGAUUUUCAUAAAUGAUACUGAACUUCUGGUGAAAGUAGGACAAUUUAUCCCCAGUGCUCCAGUUGGUCUGGAUUUCACCAUUUCUAAGGAAGCCAUAGUGUGGGGCUGGUUUGAGUCAAAGGCUCCCCAUGCUGUGUGUACUAAUAGCUGUGGCCCUGGAUUCAGGAAACUUCCAAGAGAGGGAGAGCCCAUCUGCUGCUUUGACUGUUCUCUGUGCCCAGAGGGGGAGGUUUCAAAACAAAUUAAUGAGAAACAUUGUACAAAGUGCCCAGAGGAUGAGUACCCAAACAAAGAGAGAGAUCAUUGCAUACCCAAAGACAUUACUUACCUGGAUUUCAAAGAACCUCUGGGAAUGACUCUCACCUGUGUGGCUCUUUUCUUCUCUGUGCUAACAGCUCUGAUUCUUUGGGUUUUUGUGAAGUUCCGUGUCACCCCCAUUGUCAAAGCCAAUAACCUGACCCUUAGCUAUACUCUCCUCUUCUCCCUCACCUUCUGUUUCCUCUGCUCCUUGCUCUUCAUUGGCCGUCCAACUACAGCCACCUGCCUCCUCCGUCAAACUAUAUUUGGGGUAGUAUUCACUGUUGCUGUUUCUUCCAUUUUAGCAAAAACCAUUAUGGUUGUUCUUGCCUUUAAAGUCACGAUACCAGCAAGCAGGGGCAAGAUAUGGCUGCAACCUAGAGUGUCCAACUUUUUUGUACUCCUUUGCUCUGGGGUCCAAGCAAUUCUCUGUGGCAGCUGGCUGGGAAUCUCUCCCCCAUUCCCAGACACAGACACACAUUCUCAACCUAAUCAGAUCAUCAUUGAAUGUAACGAAGGCUCUGUCCUUGGUUUCUACAGUGUCUUGGGCUACAUUGGCCUCUUAGCCCUGGGGAGCUUCACAGUGGCUUUCAUGGCCAGGAGCCUCCCUGACACCUUCAAUGAAGCCAAGUUCAUCACCUUCAGCAUGCUGGUGUUCUGCAGUGUGUGGGUCUCCUUCCUGCCCACAUACCAGAGCACCAAGGGCAAAGCCAUGGUGGUGGUGGAAAUCUUCUCCAUCCUGGCCUCCAGUGCUGGAUUACUGGGCUGCAUCUUUAUGCCCAAGUGUUAUGUGAUCCUGCUAAGGCCAGAGAAGAACACUCAGGAAUGCAUAAGAAAUAAAUCAGAUUGCAAGGGUGGAAAACAUGCUUCAAGAUUGCCCCAGGGCCAAAGAUUGCACAAGACCAAAGAGAUGCCUUUAAAAUGA